ACAGUGUUGGCUCACCCCUGUUUGAAGAACGUUGAGCUAGAGAAAGGAGUCGAACAGGUUUCUUGGUGCUUAAGUAAAAGGAAGUAGCUACUGCAGUACCUCAACCUCAUUGAGCUCCUUCAAGUUCUGCAUUGGUAAUAUAAGAUGGCGCCAAAGUCGAAUUCAAAAGUGAAAAGGGCCUGUGAGGCAAUGCAGGUCUUUGGCUAUACUGAAGAAAUUGUGAAGCCAGUAUUGAGGAACCUUCUGAAUCUGUACAACAAAAACUGGAAGCUUAUUGAAGAUGAGAAUUAUUCUGCUCUUUUGGAGUCUAUUAUAGACAGCGAGGAGUCAAAGGAAAGGCAGAAAUCCUUGUUGGAAGAUGAGCCCGAAGAAAAUGAACCACCACUGAAAAAAUCUAGGUUCUGCUCUCAAUUAAAUCAUUCCUCACUUGCUAAACAUGAUCCCAGUCCUAGUGCUGACACAUGUACUUUAGAGUUGCAAUCUCCCAGCAAGCAGAAGAUGGCUGGGUUCACCACUGAAUCUUAUGAAACUGAGGAUGUUGAACUGAAGCCUUUUCUCUUGAAAGAUUAUCAGGGCAAAGGUAAGAAACAGAGUUUUUCAGAAUCUUCUCCUGUUUCAACGCUGCCUAAUGACAUGGUAGUGUUCUCUGGUGAUAACAUGGAAGGACCUUGUAAUCCGUCAUCUCAUUUAACUAUAAAGGAAAAGGGUGAUACAUCUCUUUCAUAUCCUGCUCUGGUACCUAAAAGAAGACUGCGUUUUGAUUGCCGGGAAGAGCCAAAUGUUGUAGGUUCUUCUGAUGCAUCCAACAAAGGUGCUCUUGUUGAGUACGACCUUAGUGAUACUAUGCCUCUAAAAGUGCCAUUUUCUGAUAACCUGCCAGAUUCUGAUGUUCCUCUUGCUGUUGCUCCUUCAGAUGGCUCAAGAACAUUUGAAAGACAAGACUUGGAGUUUCUCAACUCUGAACAUUUGGAUACGGAAGGAAAUGAAAAAGGCGUGACAAGUUCAUCACAACAAGAUAUUGCUUCCUCUCAGAAGGGGGAGGUGAAGAUCUUCUUUGUCUAUAAGCCAUGUUCCUCAUCCGAUUUUCGUCCACCAAGUUUAGAUGCAGUCCUGAAGCGGAUGGAGGGAAAGUAUAUAAAGUCUUAUAGAAUUUCUCAACCUGGUUUCUCUCUAUUGAGGCUGAUGGAAAAUCUGUGUGAAUGCUAUCUGACAGCUGGCACCAAGGCUAAGGCAGCAAAUGAGCCAUUAGCUGGGAUAGAGUCUCAGAAACAACAUCCAGUUGGUGUGAGAUAUGAUGCUGCUAAUCAUGAAUUGCACUUUGCUCCAGACAUUAGCAAUGGCUCAUUCAAAUUGUCGAAUCUUAUCAAAGUCUCACCUCAAAUUCCAAAAUUUCCAGCUUCAGGAAAUAGGGAUAUAGUGUGCUAUAUGGUGAAUUUUAAUGGUACUAAGAUUUAUGGUGCUGAAAAGGAUAAAACCAAGAAGGUUCUUAAACUCCCUGCGCCUUCAACGAUGAACAAUUCGGUGGUUGUUCAGAAAAAAGACUCGUCUCCUGGUCUUCCUGGUUCUGCUUAUUAUUUUGAAGACAUCACCAAUGGUCAAGAGGAGCAUAGAAUUUCGUUGAUCAAUGAAUUCAGCCAUGAGAUCUUGCAUGUCUUUAAGUACAUACCUAAGAACAUUAUUUUCCAAAAUGCAUAUGUGAAGUUUCUUCUUGCUCGUAUAUCAGAUGACAACUGUUGUUCACACUGCAGCGAGGAUUGUUUGUCUCUAGAUAUACCUUGUGCUUGUGCUGGUGAAACAGGGGGUGAAUUUGCCUACACAUCAGGUGGUUUGCUCAAGGAAAAGUUUCUCGAGAAUUGCAUCUCAAUGAACCGUGAACCCCAAAAGCAUGGUUUAGUAUAUUGUCAAGACUGUCCCCUUGAAAGGUCUAAGAACAAUAGCAUGUCUGGCGUGUGCAAGGGUCAUUUGGUGAGGAAAUUUAUCAAAGAGUGCUGGCAUAAAUGUGGCUGCAGCAGGGGAUGUGGAAAUCGUGUUGUUCAGCGAGGAAUAGCAGUGUCAUUGCAGGUGUUUAUGACAGCUCAUGGAAAAGGGUGGGGGCUCAGGACACUGGAGGAUUUGUCUAGAGGUGCUUUUGUCUGUGAAUAUGUAGGAGAAAUAGUGACCAACAUGGAGUUGUAUGAGCGAAACACGCAAACCGCUGAUGAGAGACACACAUACCCAGUUUUGCUAGAUGCAGACUGGGGUUCGGAAGGUGUCCUGAAGGAUGAAGAGGCACUUUGUUUGGAUGCUACUUCUUAUGGCAAUGUUGCAAGGUUCAUUAAUCAUAGAUGUUAUGAUGCUAACUUGGUGGAGAUCCCAGUUGAAGUAGAGACUCCGGAUCAUCACUACUACCAUGUUGCUUUUUUCACUACGAGGAAAGUUAAUGCUUUAGAAGAGUUAACUUGGGAUUAUGGUAUUGACUUCACUGAUCAUAGUCAUCCAGUGAAAGCGUUCAAGUGUUGCUGUGGAAGCGAACUUUGUCGAGACAUCAAGUCCUUGAAGAGAGCUAGGAAGUAGAUCCUGAUGAAGAUUCCUUCUCUGACCGCAUCGAAAACUCACAUAGAUAUAGGUAAAUCAAGAAGCAUUAGUGGUGAAAAAGAAAUCAAGAAGCACUAGUUUUUUUUUUUUUUUUUUUUUUUUUU